AUGGCAGCUUCUGGGGUGCGGGGGCACUUUGUCCUUCAGGUGGAUACUGCUCUCAUUUCUCCGGGGACCCGGGGGGUCCUUAGCAAGUGUGGUGUGGGGACCAAGCUUCCCGGAGGUCUACGGAUGCUUUGGGCUGACCCUGUCAUCAGUACAGCUUGGAUGACACUCAGCUCAUUCGAUGUUGAUGGAGAGGGGAAUGCGGUCGCCAGCCCUGCGGCUCUUCAGCAGCAUUGUUUGGAGGCAGUUGCUGGGGACUACAGAGUAGGGCGCUCAUCGAGCGAUUACUCAAGUGACACGGACAGCGAAGACCACUUCCUCAUGAUGCCGCCCAGGGAUCACCUCGGCCUCAGUGUCUUCUCCAUGCUGUGUUGUUUCUGGCCACUGGGAAUCGCUGCCUUCUAUUUGUCACACGAGACAAACAAAGCCAUCGCGAAAGGAGAUUUCCACCAAGCCAGUUCCAGUUCACGGAGAGCCCUCUUUUUGGCCGUGCUGUCCAUCACGAUCGGGACAGGCAUCUACGUCGGAGUUGCUGUGGCUCUCAUUGCCUACCUGUCUAAAAACAAUCACUUGUGAACCUCAAGGAAAUGGACAGCACCCAAAAGCCUCAAGGGGUCAUAACGUCUCACUGUUUUUUUGCUGGUGAAAAGGGCUGACAUCUGGAGUCUGAAGAAUAAAACGGUACACCCUUUUCAGCCCUCGCUGUUUAAAUUGUAUGGGGGCAAUAGUGCUGUUAUAAGAAGCCAAGGAUUUUUUUUCCCAGCAAUUCAGAACUAUCUUCAGAAGAAGCAUUUGUUUUUAGCAUGCUCCGAGUCUGAGCGGCAUCGUAUUCAUGAUCCAUCAGCAGUAUUCCCUUGAACGAAGGACUAUUUUUCAAAAGAUCUGAAUUGGCAGAGCCAGGACUGGAGAGCAUCUCUGUUUUCAACAUAACACAUUUCCUCCCGUGCGUUUGGAACAGUAGAAAGAAAACAUAGCCAGCUCGGAGCACAUCCAAGGCUCAAAUUAGAAGCACCCCCGCAAUGUAAAUGUAAAACAUGCAUAGCAUGGGGCCUUUUGAAAUAUAUAUAAACACACACACACAUCUGUGCUUCUGUUUCAUCAUAUAAGAGCAGACCUGCCAUAAGAACAUAAGAACUAGCCUGCUGGAUCAGACCAGAGUCCAUCUAGUCCAGCAUUCUGCUACUCGCAGUGGCCCACCAGGUGCCCUUGGGAGCUCACGUGCAGGCCUUCUGCUGCUG